AUGGGUCAACCAACAGAUACCCUCGAGAGCACUCACACAGUCGAAAAACCGGCUACACAAGACAUCGAAGCCUCUCGCGACCCGUCAACCUCCCCCAAACACCUCUUCUCCCGCCUCAAUGCCCACCUCACCUCCCUCUCCGGCUUCGAAGCCCGCGGCCUCGAACGAGUCCCGCCCUCCUCCCGCCAAAAGACCUCAACCCUGCACAUGCUGAUGCUCUGGUUCAGCGCCAACCUGACCGUCAACAACCUCUCCGUUCCCAUGCUCGGACCCCUCCUCAUGGGCCUCGGCUUCACCGACUGCGCCUGGUGCAUGACCAUUGGAGUCGUGCUGGGCUCCAUCUCGACGGCGUAUAUGAGUACGCGGGGUCCUGUGAGUGGGUGUCGGACGAUGGUGGUGCUGAGGUUCUUUAUGGGGUACCAUGUGGCGAAGCUGUGUAGUUUGUUGAAUGUUGUGCUUAUGGUUGGGUGGGGCACGAUUGAUUGUAUUUUGGCGGGACAGAUGUUGGCGGCGGUUAGUGGGGGGAGCAUGAGCGUCGUGGUUGGAGUGGUGAUUGUGGCGAUCUUGGAGGGUCUGAUUGCUGGAUUUGGGCUGAAGCUUUUCUAUGCUUACGAGAGAUUUGCCUGGCUUCCUCAAGCAUUCGCUCUGUUCGUUCUCGUCGGAUGUGCUGGACCCAACUUCAACGCCUCGCUAGAAUCCACGGUUUCUGGAUCUGCUCUUGCAGCCGCAAGGCUGACGUUCGUGACGCUGUGCUUCUACGUCCCGAACUCUUGGGCGGCUGCAGGCGCGGACUUCUACGUCUACUACCCGGAGAACACACCCAAAUGGAAGGUCUUCACACUCACGGUAGCUGGGCUUAUCCUGGCUUUCAUGUUCGUCAAUCUUCUCGGGAUCGGCCUGGCGUGCGGUGUCAUGGCUUCAAGUGCCUGGCAGUAUGCAUACAACAUCUCAGCCGGCGCGCUCAUAGUCGAAAGCUUUGCACCGCUCGGGGGCUUUGGCAAAUUCUGCUCGGUGGUCCUCGCCCUUGGAGUCAUCGCGAACUGCGUCCCAGGAUCGUACAGUGCUGCGAUCUGCAGCCAGACUCUGGGUCGGUACUUUGCUAAGAUUCCUCGAUGGGCUUGGGUCGUCUUCCUGGUAAUUAUACAACUAGUUUUGGGAGUGGCAGGUCGCAACAAGCUCUUCGUCAUCCUUCAGAACUUCCUAGCCUUGAUGGGGUACUGGCUCAUGCCAAUGAUUGCCAUCGUCUUGCAGGAGCACUUGCUCUUCAAAACGACGAAGGAAAUCGACUGGACAGUAUGGUCGCAGCCAAGAAGGUUGCCUUCUGGUUUUGCUGCUCUGGCUGCUUUCUUGCUUGGAUGGACGGGAGCCAUCCUCGGGAUGUAUCAGACCUGGUUCGUUGGACCUCUGGCAAAAGCAGCAGAAUCUUCUGAUGUUGGCAUGUGGAUCGGGACGGGUUUCACCUUGGUGGCGUAUCCACCUUUGAGGUAUACAGAGUUGAAGUUGUGCAGCAGGUAG